AUGAUAUCUCGUCUUUCUUUGCUGUCCAUUUUUCUUGGCCUUUUCAUCUCUGAAAGUGCCGCAAGAUAUGUGUGCCCAAGUGACAAAGCAUUCUCUGACUACAUGGUUGGUUCAAGAGCAGAUGAAAUAUACGCACUGGGUGAACGGCUAGAUAGUCAAAGAGGUGGACAAUCAGAAUAUGGAGGCAUCAAGUUCAUUGGUAGUAAAGACAGUGGAUAUUUUGCUUUUGAAGGUUCCUUUGAUCCUCAAGAAAAAACAGAAAGAACAUACAGAGUUCAAGUGGUAUAUUCAACAAAAAAAAUAUAUUUAAUAGAGAUUACACAUUUUGGAGGUGGAAAAACUGAAAAUACUUGUGGCGGACCUUAG